GUCGGUGGUGUGCGGGCCGGCGGCGGCGGGGGCGGCCGGGGCGCUGGCGGGGGCGGAGCCGCGGGGCGACGAGCGGGCGGCCUUCCCUUGGUGGGCGGGGCUGCUGGCGGCGGCGGCGGUGGUGCUGACGGCGGUGGCCGCUUCGGCGGCGACAUGGCGCGCAUUGUGAAUCCAUCUUUCACCGAGGCAUCGGCGACGGACACACCGCUCGCGCCCAUAGAGAUGGACAACCCGCUGUAUGUGCCGCUCGCUUCUUGAAGCCUCUGCCGCAACACCCGGGGCCAAUGUGUACCCCCUGCAGCGCAACGCCGAGGCAGAGGACGAUUGAAGACUGCCCAUUAUCGCAGUAUGUACUGGGUGUACGUGUGGGGUGUGGUGUGCUGGUGCCAGUUUGUCUUUAAGAAAAUAUCAUCAAAGAACAGGAACAACAUGGAUAUUAAAUGCUGGUGAGCAGUAUUUGCCAACUGCCCGAACCAGUAUAUUUGUAAUUUAAAUUCCACGGUUACUGUUAUGACUGUUAUGACAGCAUGUUAAUUUGUUGAAAAGAUGAAUACUCUUGUAAAAUAAUCAUUAUGCAAG